AUGCUUCGGGACCAAUUUUUGCAGAUUUGUGGAAGUGAGCUUAGGCUGUUUCUGAAGGAACGCAUUCCAAAGUCCAUGGCAGAAAUGGCGAAGCUAGCAGAUCAAUUUGCUGACGCCAGAGGCAACCCUUCGAACCUUGUUAAGGCAAAACAUACUGGACAUAAGCAGUAUCAGGGAAACCGUUCGCCAGGGGACUUCACAAAGUCAGUUGGUAAAAGGGAUGAGCCUAAAGGUAAGGUCAUUAGUGGUAGUAAUUUAGGAGGAAAGACGUGUUAUAUCUGCAAGAAGACGGAUCAUCUUUCCUACAAUUGUCCAGCCAGUACCAAGAAGAAGCAAUCACGUGUCGGAUUAGUGGCAGACUCUGAUGCACAAGAGGCAGCACAAAUAGAAGGGAUCCGCAAGCAUCGUUCAUCCGGCAAGAAGACGGGUAACCCGCCUUCAUGUGGAGCUCUUAGUUCAAGUGAAGAUGACAACGAUGAACGAGAUCCAGAUCAGCUCAGCAUUUCAUGUAGUGCGCCUGUGUUGGAUUCUGGUAUGCCUGUGGUGAGAGGUCUUAUCGGCAAGCAUGUUGUCACAGUGUUGCGUGACACAGGUUGUAGUGGAGUCGUUAUCAGAAGGAGUCUUGUGGACGCAGAAGAUUUCACUGGUGAUACCAAGAUGUGUACCUUGGCAGAUGGUAGUAAGUUGAAAGUUGAUACAGCGAAUGUUGUCGUUGAUACGCCAUACUAUCAAGGAACUGUUAUGGCUUGGUGCAUGGACACUCCAAUUUAUGACCUCAUUUUGGGAAACAUACAUGGUAUUAGAUCUCCUGGAGAUCCGAAUCCGAAGUGGAACCUUGAGGAACAGGUUAGUGCAGUACAGACCAGGGCACAGAAGGCGGCGGAAGAGAAGCCAUACAGACCACUAAAGGUUCCCAAGGUGUUUCAAGAAAUAAAUCCCAUAGAUUUCAAGGAUGCCCAGAUAUCAGAUGGAACGUUGGCUAAGAUUCGUGAGAUGGCGGUAUCGGGAGAAGUUAAGGAGAGACGUGAUGGUGGGAAACCACAUUUCUUCACACGGAAUGGUCUGGUAUACAGGGAGUAUAAGAGUCCAUCUACGCAGCAGGGACGGAUUUUCAAGCAACUCGUCGUUCCCUCGACGUACCGGCAGAAGGUUAUGGGACUUGCUCAUGAUUCUAUGAUGGCAGGCCAUUUGGGAGCCAAACGAACUAGUGACAGGAUCAUGGCAGAAUUUUAUUGGCCGGGAGCACAGUCUGACGUGACGAGGUAUUGUCGCUCUUGUGACGUGUGCCAGAGGACUUUCCCGAAAGGCAGAGUGACGAAGGUGCCACUUGGAAUGAUGCCACUUAUUGAUGCGCCGUUUCAGCGAGUCGCCAUCGAUAUAGUCGGACCAUUGCAACCUGCUACUGAUCGGGGAAAUAGGUUCAUACUCACGAUUGUCGACUACGCCACACGAUAUCCAGAGGCUGUAGCUUUGAAGGGAAUUGAGACGGAACGGGUGGCAGAAACGCUAGUGGACGUAUACAGUCGGGUUGGAGUACCGAAGGAAGUACUAACAGACCAAGGGAGUCAGUUCACAUCAUCUGUCAUGCGAGAAGUUAGCAGGCUACUGUCGAUACGUCAGCUUACGACAACCCCUUAUCAUCCCAUGUGUAAUGGGCUGGUUGAGCGCUAUAACGGAACUCUAAAACAGAUGUUAAGAAGGAUGUGCUCUGAGCGACCAAAGGAUUGGGAUAAAUAUUUGAAUGCUUUAUUGUUCUCGUACAGGGAGGUACCACAGGAAAGCUUGGGUUUUUCCCCGUUUGAGUUGCUAUACGGACGGGUUGUACGUGGACCAAUGAUGAUCUUACGUGAAUUGUGCGAGAAGGAGGUUGCAGACCCCGAAACCUGCAAGUUGGCACAAGAACAGCUCCGAAAGGCGAAAGUCACACAGGCAAAGUUUUACAACCGGAAAGCGAAGAACAGAGUUAUGGAGCCAGGUGAGAAAGUGUUGGUGUCGCUACCUACGAAACGAAACAAAAUCCAAAUGCAGUGGCGUGGGCCUUAUGGCAUCGUUGAACGUAAAGGGCCUAUGGAUUAUGGUGUGUCUGUCGACGGCAGGCAGAAAGUUUUACACGCAAAUUUGUUGCGUCGAUACGUUCAACGAGAAGGGACAGGAUUGAGUGAAGCUGGCGUUCUUAACGCGGUUUGUUCAUCAGUUAUAGAGGGGGAUUCUGGUGGUAUUGAAGAGGAAUUACCGAGUACUGAUUGUUUCAACAUACCAACACCUGUGAGGACAGAGACAGUAGAAGACGUGCAAGUAUCAGAGCUACUGACAUCCAAACAGAAGGUAGAGAUGAAGACUUUGUUGGAAGAAUUCUCAGAUGUAUUGUCAGAUGUUCCUGGGAGAACUAAUUUGGUAGUUCAUGAUAUCCGAACAACUACCAACGAACCAGUUAGGGCAAAGAACUAUCCGAUUCCCUAUAAUUUGAAGGAAACCAUCCGAGAAGAAGUAGAAAAGAUGCUGAAGAUGAGAGUCAUUGAAAAGUCCGAUGCACCAUAUGCAGCACCGGUGGUAAUCGUAGGAAAAAAGACGGCACAAACCGCUUUUGUAUUGAUUACAGGCAACUGA